GCCAAGCUCACCCGGCAACCCGGCAAACAAACUCAACCGAAACUCAAAUACACAUAUAUUCGUUUCUUUUCUUCAGUCCAGAAAAGCAUAUAAGUUUUUCAGACCUACCAGGAAUAUAAAAUAACCUCCAACCUAUUGGUAAAAUACGGCAAGAUGACGCUCAAAAUCGGAAUAUGCACCAAGCAGGACCUCGACGAGGCAAUGAAGGUGCAGAAGCGCGAGCAGUAUGAGGAGGAACGCAAGCGGCGCAUCUUCAAUGCCAAACAACGUCUCUAUGGGCUCGAUAUAGACAUGCUGGAACGCCAGAUACUGGAGAAGAAGAAACAAAAGAGCAUGCAGCUGGAGUGCGACAAACGGUUCGAGGACCAGGAGCAAUUGCAGAAGCGCUUAAUCUCCGCCCAGGCCAAGGAGCUGGAGAAGAAACAGCGUGUGGCGGACUCGGAUCUCAACUACUAUCGCUGUCGGUAUCAGCGAAUGGAGCAGCGUCGCGAAUUCGACUUGAAUGAUCCAAACUAUCUGAAGAAGGCGCGUCCAACUCGCGUCGCCGACGAUGACAUCACUCUGGGCGUUUCUAGUGCACAGAUUUUCCACGGCGAGGAUCUCUACAAUUCGGAUCGAAAGGUGCGGCAGCGGGAUCAGCAGCGUGCCUGGCUGGAUCAGCAGGUUCAGGAGCGGAAGCGGGCUGAAGAUGCGCGCAAGACGGCCGACAACAUGCUGAUGGAGAACCUCGGCUGCCGAGACAAGCAUCUGGAGGAGAUGGCCAAGUCAGAUCACCUGAUGCGCAACCAGGUGAUCCAGCAAGUGCGCCAGUUCAACAUGAAUAUGGCCAAGCAGAAGCAAUUGGAUCGCGAGCGGGAGAAGCGCGAGAAAUACGAGGACGACAUGGCUGAGAUCUACAACAUGCUCUCGAGCGACAUGCUCACCGAGAAUCCGGAUGUGGCCCAAUCACGCACCGAUCCGAACAAGAAGAUUGCCUUCAUGUAUCGCGGCAUGACGCCCGAGGAGCUGCGUGUCUUCCGCUUGGGUCAGGAACAGCAGCUCACUUUGGCCACUCAACGCAAGACCGAGGCCCAGAUGAUGGACAAGCAGUGGGAGCAGUAUGCCAUAAAUAUGGAUCGCACUUUGGUCCUUGGUCAUAUCGAGGACGAGCGACGACGCAAGGCCCAGUUCGAUGAGCUGAUGCGAGCCAAUGCCAAAUUGGCCGUGGAACAGGAUCAGCAGCGUAAGGAUGCCCUGGCGGCCUUGAGCAAUGCCGUUUCGGAUGAAUUUUAUGAUCAGUUUAACAAGAACUCACGUUAGUUAGUAUCUUUUAAAGCAAGAAAAUGCAAUAUUAGAGAAAAUUCUAUUUGAACUGGAUCGGUGGGUGACCUGGACGCGAUUGGGAAACGGCCUCAACAGCAGUUUAACCAAACUCAGUAUGUGAGGCAAUUUCUCAUGCGUGUCGAGGACACUUUAGAAAUUCCACGGGGUUUUGUUUUAAGACCAUUUCAAUAUAAAUUUCAAUGUUUACAAUUGGUAAAUCCAAAUUAAUAAACCAAAGCAGCUUAAA